GGAACUUUAAACUGCUGAUAUUCGAUCAAUCCAUUUUAUUAAACGCGUUCGGAGUUCCUUGCAAGUUCGAUAUUUAUAUAAAAGGAAGUCAGUCACAUAUCAAUUCGUGUAUUUCUGUGACAACUAACCAAAGGUCUAUAACAACAAGCAAAUUAGUUAAAAUGAUAUCAAAAGUCAUUGGGGUGCUUAUUUUGUGCGCAACAGUGUACAGCGAGACUGAAUCUUAUAUUAAGUCUACUACAGACGGGUAUUCAAACUAUGGACAAAACUUCCCACUAGCCUCAGGUAAACCUAUAUUCCGAUGGGUUACUCGUAGCAUCCUCAAGCUAAAAAACGAUGGCGAGCCGGAAUAUCCCACCUAUACUCCUCUGGCACACGGAAAAAUAAAGAAACGCGAAGUGCGAGAUUACUUCUUAACGCCAGAUGAUAACGGCAUCCCGCGAAGCUCGCAGAAUGAUUAUGCCGGUGAUACCAAGGAACAAUGUAAAUCAUCGGAAGAGGACUCUAAUAAAGACAUGUUUUUAGUUAUUGAGCCGGAUGGAAAUAUUCGAAUGGUCAAGUAUGUGAAAGAUGAUCAAAGCAACAUGAUAAUUAUCAAGAGGAUUGACAGCGAAAAAAAUAGCGGGUCUGGCAGUGAAAAACCAUUUGUACCGAUUCUAGCGGAGUAUUUAGGUUUGGAGGAAUCCUUGCAUUAAUUUUAUUGUGAUGUGAUAACCUUUAUUUAAAAUUUUAUUUUAAUACGUCCAAGGAGUUCUGGAGAUUCUUAGUGGAGUUCUGGAGGAUGUUACUAGAGUUUUCUACCAAAGAUGUAUUUCAAGAUGAGAAUGAUGCUAAAUAUUCAUUGAAUAACAUGUAUACACUUAUAACAAUUAAACGUUUGG